UGGCAGAAUACUAGUCACAGAAGUGUAUGUAGCCUGAGCCGUUUUCUUCUGUUGACCAUAGACAGGUUUUAUGGACGUCAGUUGUACGACUAGUAUUCAGUGGGGCAAUUGACUUGCAUUUGCAAUAUGAAGAAUGGAAGAAGACGAUGUUACUAUCAGAGAGCAGAAUUUCCACAGCCAAGUUCGAGAGUACAUUAUUUGUUUCCUACUGUUUGCAGCACUCUACAUUGUGUCGUACUGCAUCAUCACCAGGUACAAGAGGAAAACAGAUGACCAGGAGGACGAAGACGCCAUCGUCAACAGAAUAUCACUGUACCUGUGCACCUUCACCCUGGCCAUGUCGGGUGGGGCUGUUCUCCUCCUGCCUUUCUCUAUCAUUAGCAAUGAGAUCCUGCUCUCCUUCCCCAAAAACUACUACAUUCAGUGGCUCAAUGGCUCCCUCAUCCAUGGCCUGUGGAAUCUGGUAUCGCUCUUCUCCAAUCUCUGCCUCUUCGUCCUGAUGCCGUUUGCCUAUUUCUUCCUGGAGUCCGAGGGAUUUGCGGGAUCAAAAAAGGGCAUUAAGUCACGGGUUCUAGAGACCUUUGUGAUGCUCUUCCUCCUCGGACUGCUCAUCUUAGGAAUAGUCUGGGUGGCGUCUGCGCUCAUCGACAAUGACGCAGCCAGUAUGGAGUCACUCUAUGAUCUCUGGGAGUUCUACUUACCAUACCUCUACUCCUGUAUAUCUCUGAUGGGGGGACUGCUCCUCCUGAUGUGUACUCCUGUGGGCCUGUCCAGAAUGUUCACAGUCAUGGGCCAGUUACUAGUCAAACCAACCAUCCUGGAGGACCUGGAUGAGCAGAUUUACUGCGUUACUUUGCAAGAGGAAGCCCUUCAGAGGAGAUUGAACGGGUCGACAUCUCACUCUCAUUUCCAAGGAAUUGCUCAUCGACUCAACAAAGAAUUGGACAUCGUCCGAGAUCAGAGGACUAAACUGGAGAGGAGGAAGAAAGCCUCUGCAUGGGAAAAGAACCUGCUCUACCCCAUUGUGAUGUUAAUACUACUCACAGGGACGACCAUCUCAGUCCUACUGGUGGCGCUGAAUAUCCUCUAUCUGCUGGUGGAUGAGACUGCCAUGCCAAAGGGAUCAGAGGAUCGGGGGCUUGGGAACACCUCGCUGUCCACGUUUGGACUGGUCCAGGCUGUCGUGGACAUCAUCCUCAUGUUUUACUUGAUGGUGUCCUCAGUUGUCGGCUUCUACAGCUUGCGAGUGUUUGAAGGCCUCACUCCCAGGAAAGACGACACGACCAUGACAACGAUCAUUGGUUGCUGUGUGUCCAUCCUGGUGCUGAGUUCAGCCCUGCCAGUCAUGUCCAGAACACUUGGUAUCACCAGGUUUGACCUUCUCGGAGACUUCGGGAGAUUCAAUUGGCUGGGAAACUUCUAUAUCGUCCUAUCGUACAACUUGCUGUUUGCCGUGGUAACUACUCUCUGCCUAGUCCGGAAGUUUACCUCAGCGGUCCGAGAGGAACUCUUGAAAGCAUUAGGUCUGGAUAAAUUACAACUGUCAAACAGCCCCACAGACCCGGAGUCUGGGAAGCUCUCGGCCAACGGGCAUCAGAAGACUCUGUAAAAGAGACAACCGACACACACACACACACACACACCUAACGGCAGCCAAAGGGAGAUUUUGAUAGUACCGAACUCCACAGCAGAAGGUGAAAGGGAUUGAGUCUGUGGAAGCGACUUAGUAUACUCCCACAGUGUCUGACGGGCUUUGCGAACUGAGAAGAAACUGCAAUUUAGCUUCGUGACAUUCCUUCCUCGUGGAUGGAUGGAUGCAGGACAGGGACUGAUUUGAGCCCUCUGACAGACUGCCGUCUUCACAACAGUGACCUUGAUGUUGACCUCAACAGUGACUGUGACCAUGGGCCAUAGCCGAUGUCUGGGGGACUUUCUUUUCCCUCAGCACCAACUUUCUUCUCUCUCUUUGUCUAUUCUUAUCUCAUUCUACCCUCUAACCGUUUUUGUGGAGUGCUCCCGUCCUGUAGGUUUUCACUCCAACUCUAAUCUAUCACACUUGAUUCUAAUAAUUAGCUGGUUGAUAAGCUGAAUCGGGUUAUUUACAACUGGGGUUGGAGCGAAAGGGUAGCUCUCCAGGAACAGGGUUGGAGCGCUCUGCUCUAACCAAUCUCAUUCUAACCUCUUGUUUUUCGCGCUUGCCUAAUCACUUCUUAUCUGUUAUUUUUCUCCCCCAUAACCUAACCAUUGCACUAUGCCGUAUUGUCUUGGAAGAUGCAAUGUAACCUUUCGACUUGUGGCCAUUUUUACACAUACGUCUACACCCUGUUCUAUUUCCAACACAGUUUAAAAUACAUGUUAGUUAUAAAAUGCAGCUCAGGGUUAUUUGGAGAGAGAGAGACAAAAAAUGCCGCCUCACCAAAGUAUAAUGAGAAGACGAUUCCAUUUCAGAAUUAGAAAGUAAAUGUGAUGUGGCCGUGGGGGCAUUCACAAUAGAUUACCUGUAUUGUGGUGGUCUCCAACAGUCAUCUAUUUCAGUUUGUCAUGUAAUGUAUGUUAUAUGUGUGAAGUAUGGAUGGCUACUGGUUUAAUACGUGGAUUUGUUACGUGGAUACGUUUUAUUUGUUAAUGUCAGAAGAUAAUGUGUGAAAGAUGACUCCGUUCUAUGAUAGACUUGCUUUGAAAGCACCUUGCAUGAAAAAUAAAUCGUACUUAUUUCUUUUAACCUUUAUUUAACUAGGCAAUUCAGUUAAGAACAAAUUCUUAUUUUCAAUGACGGCCUAGGAACAGUGGGUUAACUGCCUGUUCAGGGGCAGAACGACAGAUUUGUACCUUGUCAGCUCAGGGGUUUGAACUUGCAACCUUCCGGUUACUAGUCCAACGCUCUAACCACUAGGCUACCCUGCCGCCCCGCCUCUUAGCCAUUUGACAUAUCACUCUUAGCCAUUUUACACGUCAUACCCAGUUGCUUUGCUGUGCUUUGCUCACAGGUGCCUGUUUAUUACCACUUCUUUGCCGGUACAUUUAGUACCCGUUCACCACAGUGACCACACCGGAGCCACACCGGAGCUCCAUUGACACAGAAAGAAUGGGGAGGCACUGUGUAGCCGUGACUAGCCAAGCCUUCCAUCUUUCUGGUUGUCGCAGGCCAGUUCUGAAUGUGUAACAAUGUGCUCUUUUUUAUUUCCCUUUACUCGUAGUCUGUCGGCCUACUGUGCUUUUUAAUUUCAUAAAAGAUGUAGUUAAUUAUUUUGUCUUGAUUUAAUGAAUGUUGUUUUCGGUGCUGUCGAUUUCGAUCACUCUAGAGAUGGAGAAAAAUUAUGUAUUUUCUUUGGUCCCAAAGAGCAAAGAUCGAAGCUUUCAGAGUUUGAUUCUGUGGGUGAAUAAAAAGGUUGUGCGUUGGUUAACUUGAUCUCGAUCUCCCCAAAUAACUAUUAAGCUAUUUUAAAAUGUAUCUUAUUUCACCUGGCAUGAAGCUUUGUUGAACUUCUUCCUAUGGUAAAUGUUGUAUUUGUACAUACCAUUUAUGUUUCAUACCUCUCUUGCAUUAUUUGGAUGUAAACAGUGGGCUGCCGUUAAGCCUCAAGUAUUUGUUGUAAAUAAGUCUACAGAAGCUCUUUUUGGACUGUGACGCUACUUGUCACUAGAAGCACCUUUUAUGCCUUAUUUGUGUGUGUGCUCACGUGUGGGUAUGUUUGUUUUAAAAAAAAGACAACUUUACUGUGAACACCUUGUCUCUGGAUUUCAAUUGCAAACCAGUUUGAACUUCUUCAUUGUCCUUUGCGGUGAAUGUAGUAUAUAAUCUCCCCUUAACUCAAAUAGCCAUAGUGGGCUUCCAAAAAUAUGAAUUACCAGAUAACCUGAGCACUUGUGAAAAGGGAAGGUGAUGGGCCCCAAUAAUGAAUGUGUCAUGUGACUUGUCAUGAUGCAAAUGGCAGGAGAUACGAUUAACGUAUUUUAUUAAAAUAUGCAUUUGAGACUUGUUUUUUACAGGGACUGUUUUAUUUUUAAAAAGGAAUGUAUAUUAUACAGUAAUAGUUUGGAUGAAAUUUAAAAGUAAGGAAAGCAGUAGCUAUUAUCUAUCACAAGGCUCACCUUAGGUUCUGGAGUUCGCAGUGCCAAGCCUUGUACUGUGUUCUGUCCCCUCAUUAAAAUGCAAGAUUAUGAGUGAUCCAAUUUCACACCUCAGGUUGAUUUUGGUAAUGCUGAUGAUAAAUGAUACUGUGAAAAUCCAGAAUUGAAAAAAAAAACCACUAACCAAAACCCAUUACUACUGUGGCUAAUAAUGUCUGGUUUGUGUUUCCUUGAUGACUGUGACCCCCUUGGUUCCUCUCACCCUCAACUAUCAGUUUUAUUACGUUAAUAAAUAUAUAUUUUUAUUGCUAUUUCAGACAAUGUUUAUGCUGCAUGUAUUAUUGGUUGAAGAAGUACACCAGUGAUCACAAUCUAUUACAAUCUGUCUUUUCCAUUUCGUUUCUGUGGAGGACACAGUCGAGGCCCGUUUCAACCUAAGGGAACACUUUUGAUUGCCUUGCAGUUUUUUUUUUCCACUCGCAGAGGGUUUGAAAUGUUGAGGGGUGGCCUGUACUGUCGGUGGAGUAGCUGGUAGUUUUGUCUGUCUGUUUUAUUUUCUGUGUCUGCAUGUAAUUUCCUGCCCAUUUAUGUGAAUGUAUAUAUCUUUUUUUUACCUUGUUCUGAGUUGCUAUAUAUGUGUGUGUCUUGUUGUUUUACGAUGUUGGUUUGUUUACAAAUAAAACAAUGAAAAUCA